ACCAGCCCAGAAAGUUCCAGAUCUCACGCCCCAGCUCCCUGCGGUCAUGAGGGUCUCCGCAGCGCUUCUGUGCCUGCUGCUCACAGCUGCCGCCUUCAGCCUCCAGGCGCUCGCCCAGCCAGGUGCAUUCAGUGCCCUGUUCCCUUGCUGUUUCACGUUUAACAAUAAGAAGAUCCCCUUGCCGAAGCUGACGACCUAUCGAAUCACCAGCAGCCACUGUCCCCAGACAGCUGUCAUCUUCAGGACGAAGCUGGCCAAGGAGAUCUGUGCUGACCCGAAGGAGAAAUGGGUCCAGGAGUAUGUGAAACAGCUCAGUCAAAAAUCUCAUGCCCUGAAGCCUUGAACUCGUCCAGCCACACUAAGACCAAGCCAGAGUGUGAGAAACGACGAUUUAUUCACCUCCAGCCUGCCCGGCUAUACCCUGGACUAAUUUUACUGUAAUUUUCAA